AUGUCCAAAAGCAAAGGGACGGCAGAGACGAGCCAACCUCUCGUCACCAUGGAUUCCUCUGAUACCGUCAAGGUCAUCGUGAAGACCCUCAAGCAGAAGGAGCAGUUUGAGGUUGCUCAGGGAAGCACCAUCCAGGAGUUCAAGGAAGAAGUGGCCAAGCGGUUCAAAACCCCCCCCAAGCUGCUGGUCCUGGUGUUUGCUGGGAAGGUCCUCCAGGAUCAAGACACAUUGAGCCAGCACGGAGUUCAUAACGGGGUCAGCAUCCAUGUGGUCAUCAGGUCCCAGAACAGACCACCAGACAGCCUGGCAGAGCAAGGAAGAGCAACCACCCUGGUGCAACCUCCCAGCCACAGCCAUUCCAGCUUGGAAAGCCUGAACACCAUCAGGAACAACAUGUUUCUGCUGGGGUUUCUCCUUGGGGUGACAGGCGUCCACCUCCUGGGCUUGGACUCCAGAGACGUGGUGGACUUGGUGAGUAGCAUUCAAGAGCAGGAUGUAUCCAUGCCCAGCCUGCUGACUGAGAUGCUGCAGAGCCCCACUGUCAAUGCUGACCUCGUCAGGGACCUCAUCAUGUCCAACCCGCAGCUGCAGCAGCUGGCUGAGGAGAACCCUGAGAUCAGUCACAUCCUCAGCAACCCACACACCAUCAGAGAGAUGCUGGAGGCCUUCAGCAGCCCUGCCAUCAUGCAGGAGAUGAUAAGGAACUAUGACCUGGCCAUGAACAACCUCGAAAGCAUCCCUGGGGGAUACAGUGCCCUGGAGCAGCUCUACAGGGAGGUUGAGGAGCCCAUCCUGGAUGCCUUGGAGGAGCAGAUGGUCAGCAACCCCUUUGCUUCCCUGGAGAGCCACCCACUGCCGAGCGGAGUGCGGCUGCCGGCACACACUGAGAACCGGAGCCCACUGCCCAACCCGUGGGCUCUGGAGCCCGGCCGGGCCUGUGGCACCACGCAAGAGCUCCCCGGUGAAAGCGUCGACAAGAACUUUGCUGUGUUGAACCUGGGCGCCGUGGUCCCCAACUCUGGUGCAGUGCAGGCCAUGGUUCGGCAGCUGACGGGGACCCCGCAGCUGAUGUACAACCUGGGCAGAGCGCUGGCAGAGCCUGGCAGCCCCGCGCAGGUGGUACUGAGCAGCCCGCACGCACCCAGCGACGGGAGCUCCCGGCUGCAGGAUCAACAGGAGCUGCCGCCGGAGAUGGAGCAGGCGGAGAUCUCAUCCUUGCUGAGGAACCCCAGGGCGCUGCAGGCGCUGCUGCAGAUCCAACUCGGCCUCCAGACCCUGUCCAUGGAGGCACCAGACUUCCUGCUCAGUCUGGAGGACUCGCAGCUGGAGCUGGACCUGGAGAGCAUGGACGACUCGCUGCCGUGCACCGAGACCGAGGACAACGCCAGCCUGGUGGUGGGUGAGGAGGGAGCAGAGUAUGAGGUGGAGGUGGACGAGCAGGAGCUGAAGAUCAUGUUUGAGCAGCAGAUGGAGCAGCUCAGCGCCAUGGGCUUCCAGGACCAGGGUGCGAACCUGCAGGCGCUGAUUGAUGCUGGGGGAGAGCUCCACACGGCAGCAGAGAUACUGGCCAAAGCCCGGCCAGCAGACAAGAUGCCGUGA